CUUGCUUGCGUGACAAUUCGACUUGCUCCUUGACUGAUCCUGCUGUACUCUUCAUAUCUAGACUGUGGCUGGUCCGCAACAGUUCUCCAACGAACUCGCUUCCUUGCAUUCGAGCCGGCAUAUGAUCCGGUGAUUGUUUCCAACGUUGACCUCAUCUUCCCGUGGUGCUGACCUCACGUCCGGGCACGCUAUGCCAGUGAACGUUAAUUCGACCUGCUGACCCUCACCUCUGUUCCAUCGUCAAGAACAGUCGUCGGACAAGUCUGCCUCCAGAGUCGACGAUAAUGUCGUUCCUCAGAAAGAACUCGGACACACAUCCUCUCUCCGCAGUGUUCCCAACUUAUCUCCUCCCUUCGGUUCCCUUUCGGCGCAAGUCCCGCCAGUCAAGCACCGAUAGCGACUGCUCUGUCGAGUCCGCCCCGUCGAGUGCUACGUCCGCUUGUUCCUCCAACCCAUUCACGAGAUGCCCUACGCCGACUCCCAUUCCCGCAUCUUCUGCGUCUUCCGCUAUCAAUCCGCCGCAUGACAAGUUCCUGAACGGCCAUAGUUCACAAAUUCAAUGCGCAAAAUGUUCCACAGACCUCUGCCUCACAUCACAGGUCAUAAGCAAGGGAUUCACAGGCAGGCAUGGUCGGGCGUAUCUAGUCCAAGGCACUACGAGCCAUAUCCGUACUACAGCACCAGCCCUGCCGAAUACAUUCCAGAACAAGGCUAUAUCACGGAAUCUGGUUACCGGUCAACAUAUUGUGAGUGACAUCAGUUGUGCCAUAUGCGGCAGCAUUCUCGGUUGGAAAUACGUCGAGGCGAGCGAGGAAAGCCAGAAAUACAAAGUAGGAAAGUUUAUUCUCGAAACCAAGCGGAUCCGCAUCGGCGUGUCUUGGGAGAUGGAAGAAGAUCCACGCCCCGCAUGUCAAGCAUACGAUGAAAUCCUCACCCUUCCACCUCGUGAGAUCAAGAAAAUGGCCGACGGACCAGGCGCCCGCGGCGACGACUUGGAGUUUGAUUCGCAGGACGAAGAUGAAUGCGAGGAUCUCUUUGCCGGUGUCUGGAGUCCGCAGCUGGCCUCCAAGAGACGACAAAGAAAGCGAGAACGUUUUGGAAGGCGGCCUCCGGGUACGAGCAUGAUCAGCUUUGGCCCUUCAAGCAGCGUCGACACCUUGUCAUGACACUACUCACGAGAGCCAUCCUGGCCUUGCCCAUCGUGGGCCACACCGCCUACAUCAGUGGAGAACGUGGCUGGAUUCCCUCUCUAUUCGGUUUGUAAUUUCCUGCAUACGACUUCAGUGUGCAAAUACCCCAGUGUUGGCGUCGCGUCACUUUUGCUUGGAUACAUUCAUCAUACGAUACCCUUACCCAUUGAGCUGGAGUUUACAAUGGAUGUCUUUCGAGCCAUUUGACAAGGCAGAGUUCUGGGAAUGAUAUGACGAAGGGAUGAGAUGUAAUGUAGUAAUGAGACGUGUUCAGAGAAACACUCGCCUCUUCAACGGCCAUAGCAGUCCGUAGACUCGAGCAACGAGGGCUGUGGGUCUCGGGCACCAUACCAGACCAGACCAGGCCAUGCUCUGCACAACUCGAGAUUUAAUCGAAGUUCAAAUAUUGGUAACAC